GGAGAGAGAGAGACAGAAACAUGAAUGAUAAGAGAGUUGUCAUUGAUCCGCUGCUCCCGAGAGAGGAUCAAGCUAAAACCCGGGCAUGUGCUCUGACAGGGAAUCGAACUACGAUCUCCUUGAUCCUAGGUCGAUGCUCAACUGCUGAGCCACUCCCAGCUGGGCUUUGUGCUUCUUUUCUGUACACUGGGACCCCAAGAACUCAUUCUCCUGGUGUGAUAUAUGACAAAAAUUAGACCUGCCAAGGUAGGUGCCAGAUUCCAACCCCACAUCUUAAGGUGUCACCAGGGCACUCCAUUAAAGCCUCACAGUUAUCAGAGGACAAUAUCCCACCUAGAAACUUCCCAAAACACCAUCCCUAGCCCAGGCCAGUUAGAGGUGCUUUCCUGCUUUGACCUUCUGCUGUGAGGCAACAUUUCAGGGGCAGCUAGGCAACUUUGUGUGUAUCAAUCCUCCUAAUUUCAGUCUUUCUCAAAUCUGCCUCGCAAAAAGUUCCACUGAAAACUUGAGAAAGGAGCAUAGUUAUUUCUCUCUUACUUUCUCUUCUAUAGCUUUUUUAUGGUGGUAGUGGGGAGUGGGGUGAAAAAAGCCUUGCUUUAAGGAUAUUCUCUUCCAGUCAGAAAUUCUGAACUUAUUCAAUCAAGUAUAUAACCAACAGUCUUUCUUCAUGUAACAAAUGUUAUUCCCUAAACCUGUCCUAGAAUGGGAAGAGUAUUGUGAAUUCCUUCACUUCUCAUUUGACCCCAACCCUCCCAUGCUUGAAAUGUCUUUAAAUGCACCCGGUCAGUCACUAUUUCUCUUCCACAGGCGGAUGUUCCCCUCUGUUCGGGUCAAGGUGAAAGGGCUGGACCCAGGGAAGCAGUACUAUGUGGCCAUGGAUGUGGUGCCCAUGGAUUCUAAACGCUAUAGGUAUGUGUAUCACAGCUCUCAGUGGAUGGUAGCCAGGAAUACAGACCACUCCUACAUCACUCCCAGGUUCUAUGUUCACCCGGAUUCACCCUGCUCUGGAGAGACCUGGAUGAAGCAGAUCAUCAGCUUUGAUCGCGUGAAACUAACCAACAAUGAAAUGGAUGACAAAGGCCAGAUCAUUCUGCAGUCCAUGCACAAGUACAAGCCCCGUGUGCAUGUGAUGGAGCAGGACAGCAGAGUCAACCUGUCCCGGAUUCAGUCCCUGCCCAGUGAAGGGGUUAAAACAUUCUCCUUUAAAGAAACGGAGUUCACCACGGUAACAGCUUACCAAAACCAGCAGAUUACCAAACUGAAAAUAGACAGGAAUCCUUUUGCUAAGGGAUUUAGAGAUCCUGGAAGAAACAAGGGUAUAUUGGAAGGGAUUUUAGAGACCUACCCAUGGAAGCCUUCUGUCCCUCUGGAUUUUAAAACUUUUGGUACAGACACACAAAGUGGAAGCGGUGGCUCAUCUCCAGUGACCUCUAGUGGAGGGGCUCCCUCUCCUUUGAACUCCUUGCUUUCUCCACCUUGUUCCCCACCUACAUUUCACUUACCUACAAGUUCCCUUGGAACGUCUUGUCUGGAGGUGUACCUGCACAGUAUCAACCUGCCCCUUUGCUACAAGAUUUGUCCAACUAAUUUUUGGCGACAGCAGCCUCUUUUCUUGACUGCUGCAGGAAAUUUAGCAAGCAGUAGCAGUUCACAAUCUUUAAAUCCACUCAUGAUGGAAGUUCCCAUGUCAUCUUCCUUGGGGGUUGCCAAUUCAAAAAAUGGUUCAUCCACAGACUUUAAUGGGCAGUGUCUACAAGAAUCUAAUUCUUCCAAUCAAAUGUUGUAUGGAGUACAGGCACCUGGAAACAUUUUAUCACCAAACCUCAUUGCUCAGGAAACAGUUGAUUGCUCUUUCCAUCCUUCCUUUGGCUUUUAUAGGUACAACUUUGCUGUACCAUCUAGACUGGUAAAUGCUUCCAACCGUCUCAAAAUGAAUGACAACACUCAAGUUUCUUUUAGAGAAGGCAAAUGCAAUCGCGCUCAUUGGUACCCAACCAUUAAUCACUGUCUUUAAUGAAAUAGUCAUAUUACUAAAAUAAUUAUAUGUAAGCAUAUAGUUUUUCCUUUGUAUCCAAAGAACACUCAAGAGCUAUUAGGCUUUAAAAACUUCAUUAUCAGAGAGUAUUUCUCUGUUAUGCAUUUAAAAUGCCUUAUUAAAUGUUCAUGAGAAGUUAUAUUCAUUUUUGACCUAUGCCAAAUAUGACCUAUAACAAUCUCUGAUUACAGUGGCUUUGGGCCUCAAAAUAAAAUACUCAAUAAAUGUUACUUGAUGAGAUAGACUACCAAUGAAAA